AAUUCUAUGCUUCUCUCCCUCUAGCCCACCUUCCAUGAAAGGACAAGCAAUCUGAUAGAAGUUACAUAUGUACAUUUUACAAUGAUUUUGGGCUACAUGGAUUUCACAAGAUGACUCUGCCAAGAGUACACAUUUGUCUUUAUAGUUUUUAGAAGAAUUUGACUUAGGUCUUAAAGCAGUAUACCCUUUAAACCCCUGAAGUAUCUGUAGAUCAGAAUGGAAAGAGUAUAUUCCUAGAUUAAGUUUUGACUGAAAUCAUAAGACUUUUCUUGAAUCAACAAAUAUGAGUCAACUUCUAUUUUGCCUAAUAAGAAUUUUUUUUCAUUCCUGCAGAAUAUCACCCCAACUCUCAAAGGAUGAUGACUACAGAGAAUCAUUCUAUAGUAACUGAGUUUAUUAUCAUGGGAUUAAGUGACCAUCCAGAACUCCAACUUCCCCUCUUCAUCUUGUUCUUAGAAAUCUACAUUGUCUCCAUGGUUGGGAAUUUAGUACUGAUUUUAUUGAUCAGAAUUAGUUCUCAGCUUCACACCCCCAUGUACUAUUUUCUUAGUAACUUGUCCUUCGUAGACCUCUGUUACUCCUCUGUCAUUAUCCCCAAAAUGUUGGUGAAUUUUGUAUCAAAGAAAAACAUCAUCUCCUACUCAGGGUGCUUAACCCAGUUCUUUUUCUACUGUGCUUUUGCUGUUUCUGAGUGCUACAUGCUGACAGCUAUGGCCUAUGACCGUUAUGUUGCCAUCUGUAGCCCCCUGCUUUAUUAUAACACCAUGUCCCAAAGAGUCUGCUUCCUGUUGGUGUCAGGGGUAUAUACAAUGGGCACUUUUUCAGGUCUGAUUCAAACAGCCUGCUUGGCCAGACUGCUAUUCUGUGGGGACAAUGUUAUCAACAAUUACUUCUGUGACAUCCUUCCCCUCCUGAAGCUCUCCUGCUCUAGCACUUACAUCAACGAGCUUCUGAUGAUGUUUCUGGUUGGAUUCAAUUCAUUGGUGACUACAGUACCCAUUUUUAUCUCUUAUGCUUUUAUUUUUUCCAGCAUCCUCAGUAUCCGUACUGCAAAGGGGAGAUCUAAAGCCUUCAGUACCUGUGGCUCCCAUCUAGCAGGUGUUAUCAUCUUUUAUGGGUCCAUUAUUUUCAUGUAUUAUAAGCCAGCUUCUAGUUACAAUGUAAUCCAAGAAAAGGUGGCUUCAGUGAUUUAUACUAUGGUUAUCCCAAUGCUGAAUCCCCUGAUCUACAGUCUAAGGAACAAGGAUGUGAAAGACUCAUUGAAGAAAGUCACAAAAGGUUAGGUAUUUCCCUGAAUGAAGCAGUAAUCAACAAAAUUAAAGUUUAUCAUUAAUUUCUAUUUUUCUUCCCAAUUCUACUUCAGAAAAGGGCCUCUCUUUUGAAAAUAGACAUCAAGGAAACUGUGAUUUUCAUGUCCUGUUACUCUUUUCAUCUGAUUUUGUAUGCCUUUGCAGCCUGGCUGCCCAGGGCUCAUAUGUGAUUAAACUGCCUAGACAGCACUAUCUACAUAUCUUAACAAAACAUCCCAUUCACAUUAGUCCUCCAAUUCCUCACUCCUCUAUCCAAAUGCAGCUUUCAUUUGCAAAAGCUGCUAAAAAGGCUCUUAUCUUAAUUCCUCAGUACAUUUCAUUCUGAAAUGAAACCUAAAACAUCACUUUUUGCUUAGUUGGUAAUUUUUAGUAAUGGUUUACUCUAUUCUGUGUAUAAGGAGGUGAAUUAAUAAUAAUGAAUACAUGUC